AUGUUCAUCGCAGCCUCUCUAGCUCCUGCAGCGGCUCCCACGGACUCCCUGCUAUCGACCCUGCGCGCCUUCACCCGCGCACUCGGAACCCGCCGCUCCCUCCAAGCCGAACUCGAGCAGGCCCUCUCCAGCUUCCUCACCUCGACACCCUCGGCCCUAUCGACCGGCUCAGACGUGCUCGCUGCCCCUUCAGAUUCUCUCGAGGCGGACGCGCCCAGCGCCCAGCCGAACGGAGCGGCGGGACGCUCGACUUGCGCAUCUGAAGCCCUUCGACCUCCGUCUGAGGAAGAACUGCAAGAAGUGUUGCGGAUUGGGUUUGCUGGACUGGUCGAGAUCAAGGAGGAGGUAAAGGUCUUGCAGGCGGCGGUGGAGCGGAGAUGGGAGAGGGCGGAUUUGGCGAGGAUUGUUCGGCGGAUCGAGGGAUGGGAGAGCGAGCGGAUUCGUGCGACUCUCGAGCGGGAUCAGCUACGACGACUACAGUCUCUCCAGCCCGAACUCGACUUUGACUCUUCUAUCGCCGAGAAGAACGCGCUGCGCGACUCGCUCGCUCGGCAAAUACAGGAAGAGGUGCAGGAGGUACAUGCGGAGAUCGCGGAACUAGCGGCGGCGGAAGAAGAAUCUGGGGGAGGAGCGCUUGCAAACGGGCAAUGA